GGGGGCGGGCGAGCGGGCAGGACGGCGCCGUGAGGUGCCGAGGGGGCCAGGCGGCCCUGCGGCAGCGAGCGCGGAGGGGUGAGGCGUCCCCCAACGGCCUCGGGGCGCCCCAGCCCCCCCCCCGCCUGAGGGAAGCGCGGGCGGGCGCGCAGCGGGGUGGCGGCGCCCGGCCGCGUGAAGGAAACGGUUGAAGCAUCGUCCCCGCUGCGAGUCCCUGGAGCCCGCGCCCGGGUGGCCGCUCGCCGCGGCCCCUGCUGCCCGGCCUCGCCUCGGGUCCCCUCUGCUGGGUGAGCUGCGGAGCCAGGCCCCUAGCGGCGGGGGGUGCGCGUAAAAGGCCAAGCCUCAGCUCGUGUGAUGGAUGCAUGCGUCGGGAAAAUGGCACGGUUGUUGGACAACGAUCAGUUUUUGGAAAAAGUUGGGGUAAGCACAAAAUCCUGUCUGCUGAACCGCCACCCACCAUGGCAAGGUUUUGCUGUGACUGAUCCAGAGCGAGAUAAUGGACUGCUAGUAACACACAUCAACCAGGCACACGACCUGCUGAGCGUACAAAUGAUGAAAAUUGAGUCUAAAAAGGUGCAAACCACAGAAGAAUGGCUAAGAAACUACAGUCUAGAGUCCUUGCAAUUAACAUUAGAGCAUCUAAUAAAUGAAGGCAGUAUUAUUUUGAAUUCAAGAAAUGCUGUUGAAGAGAUAGAGUUAACAGAAGAGAUGGUUACUGAUUUUGAGUCCAGACUUUCUGAAGCGGUUGAACUUUAUCAGCAGCGAAUUCAGUGGCUGUUGGAGGACAGCAGAAAGGUGUUUGGCCUUAUAAAAGGAACUAAAGUUGGACUUGUGGUUGAUGUAUCUGGUAUGAGUUGCAGACCAAGACUGCUGAAUUUUCAGAGAGAUCUUUUGUGCUUAAUAGAUGAGCAGCUGUGUCAUAAGAAGCAAUUGUACUGCCUUUCAUUCAGUACUGAAAUUUCAUCUCUGUGGGAGAGUCCAAAAAACAUCAGUGUUCAUGUGCUUCAUGAAGCAAGACAGUGGGUACAACAGCUGGAGCCUGGUGGAAGCUGUAAUUUGCUGAAAGCCUUAAAACAUGUCCUCACAGUGAAAGAACUGGAUUCCUUGGUUCUUAUUGUAGGAAGCUGUCCUGAUCAGUCAUUGGAAAUACUGGCUGACUAUGUUCAGCAGUGUAUGCUGGGGAGAAAACUAUUGAUUCAUGCUGUUAUAUAUGAUUGUAUCAAUCCUGCCUCUCUUACAGUUCUAAAGAACCUUGCAGAAGUUGUAAGAGGCCGUUAUCAUUGCUACUCUUCAAAGGGAGAGAAUGUUGAUAGUAGUGAUGUUGACCUACUACUCCAGGAAUACCAGAAGGCUAAAGACUUGAUCAACAGCAUCAAACAGAUUUUUCAGAGACGGAUCGGUGGCUCACUUAUUAGUAGAAUAGCGGAUGUUUCCACAAAAUACACAAGUACAACACCUUCCAACUUCUUACCAAAGCCUCCAAAGCAUGAAGGACCGUUAGUUAUUCAAAUACCAAGCUUCGCAGCCAAAACCUCAAGAGACUGGUUAAAGACAAAUGGAUUGAAAGCUAAGAAGUUAAACCUUUAUCAGGUUUUGGCUCCUAAUGCUUUCUCUCCUGUGGAAGAGUUUGUACCCAUUCUUCAAAAAACAGUAUCAUCAACUGUACACGAGAAAGCCAUGAUGCAGUUUGAAUGGCAUGAUGGAACUGUGAAAAAUAUCCAUGUUGACCCACAAGUAUUAUACAACUAUCAAAAACUCCUUGGUAAAAUGGUAAGAAUUUAUGAGAGACGAAUUGACUGGCUAUCUGUUGCUAGCAGAGGAAUAUGGGGAAGUGUUUGCGAGAGGAGGGUGGUUAUACUUGUUGAUAUAUCAGUGACAAACUCUACGUACAUCAUCCAUAUUCAACAUUCUUUGCGACUUUUGCUUGAGGAACAAAUGUCAAACAAGGAUUACUUCAAUAUUAUAGCAUAUGGGAAUGAUGUUGUGCCUUGGCAGCCAGAACUGGUUCCUUCCCAAUCGGAAAAUUUACAAAAUGCUUGGAGGUGGGUAUUGAGCUUGCAGUGCAAAGGGAGUAGAAAUUUCAUGACUGCUCUCAGGAGAGCUGUGGAAGUAGAUUUCAAAGACAAAGAUAAACACAAAUCACAAGGAAUGUACCUGCUUACUACUGGAAUACCUGAUCAGGAAACACAUGCUAUUAGUGCUUAUGUGGCUGAGACUUGCAGAGGUUGUGAUUUGCAGCUUCAUGUCUGUCUGUUCAGUGUAAUGGAGGAUGUUGACUCCAAUGGCAUUAUUUCCGCUCGCUAUGCCAGUCCAACUGAAACUGCCAUUGCUUUUAAAGAAAUAGUACAGGCAGCUAAUGGAAGAUUUCAUUGGUUUGGAGAAGCAGGUAUUUUUGAAAGUGAUGAUAUCAACAUUAUUGUGUCUGAAAUGGAAAAAGCAAUCAACUACUCCCGAAAGUGUGCAUUCCUAGUGAAAUCCUUAAAGCAACGUUCAGGAAAUCAGUCCGUUAAUCCAUUCAUACCAGAAAGAGACUCAAAGAUGCUUGUGAAGAAAGAGAAAAGAAGGCCACAGAAAUGGCCAUCUCCAAAACCCACAGCUCUGAGUCUGGCUAGAAUGUCUAUUAAAGACAACCAUGGUGAAGAGAGAAAUGCUAACAUAAGAGGAUUGAAAUGGCGUCCUACUAGUGCCAAAGCAGAAAUUCCACCAGCGCAAACAGUAAAGGAAUGGCCUCAGAUUCAGAAUAAAAGAAAACAUAAAUCAAGAAAACAGCCAGAGUUCUCCAUGUCAGUAUUUUAUACUGAUACAGGAAGAAAUGUGGGUGCAGUAUACCGAAAGUAUCCAGAGACAGUGAGCAUAAGGAAGUCUGUUCCUUCUGUUACAUUACCAAAAAAAGAAGAAAUCUGUUCAAGCAAACAGUGGCUGGCCAAGUACAGUAUUAAGAAGCUUAAACUGGAAUUGCCCAGACUGAUGUUUGGUCCACACUGUACUCACCAAAAGAAAAUUGUGGAGUGUCUGCACAAGAAAGUAUCAGCAAAAUAUUGUACUAUCUUCCCUAGUGUAGAAAUCAAUGGGGUUGUGAAACAUCUGCAGUUUCAGGCUAAGGAAUUGGAAAGCUACGCUGAACAAAUAGAGAAGGUGUUGCAACGCUAUGUACAAAGAAUACAGUGGCUUCUAUCAGGAAGCCGAAGAUUGUUUGGUACCAUUCUGGAAGCAAAUGUCUGUGUUUUGAUUGACACAUCUGGUUCCAUGGAGCCUUAUUUGCCACAUGUCACAAAAGAACUUACCUCCCUCAUCUGGGAACAACUGAGAAAAAACGAAGUCAGGUUUAACUUGCUGAGCUUUGCAGAAAACACAGAGAGUUGGAGGGAGUAUCUUGUGGAGGCAACUGAUGAAACAUGUCAUGAUGCUGUACAGUGGGUGUCCAGAUUCCGAGCUUAUGGUAAUACAUGCAUCCUUAUGGCUUUACAGAAGGCUUUCAGUUUUCAAGAUACAGAAGCACUAUAUGUAUUGACUGAUGGAAAACCAGAUACCAGUUGCAGUCUCAUUUUAAAAGAAAUUGAAAGAUUGAGAAAGAAACAAGAUAUUAAAAUCCACACCAUUUCUUUUAGCUGUACAGACAGAAGAGCUAACGAAUUUCUGAAGAAGCUUGCUUCCCAAACAGGAGGGCGCUACCAUUGCUGUUUUGGAGAUGUGGAUGGACAAUUAGCAGCACACAGAAUGUUGACAGAGGGGCUUGAUGGUGAUGAUGAUGAUCCAGUUUUCCCUUACUUUGAAGGAGAUGAUUUAAAGAAGCUUACUCAAGAAGUAGCAAAAGCCAGACGUUUUUUAAAGCAGGCAAAAUCUUUGAAGUUAUUGAUAGAAAAAUGGAAUGUAAACCAAAAGGACAAUUCCGUCUUUAAAAAAAGUGCUCAGCUUCCAGCUUCAAGUGGAAAGAGUAGAAGAGGUACUCUUUGUCUCUGAGCAUCUGGCAAGAGGAGUGGUUACAGAUGACAAGUACUGCUGACUUAUUCCACUUGCAGACUUUGCAGAUCUCAGAAAUCAAUCCCUGAACUCUCCAAAGUUUAAACAUGAGUAGAGGAUAGUUAUCAAUAUAGGUAAUACAAAUUAUAGAAAAUGGAGUGAAUUUCCAAUACAAUUAGUAGCUACACAGGGUCACAACUCUUGUUUCUCUUGAGACCAGGAAAAAUUAUUGUACCGUAUCAUACUAAGAAUUGCUUUGGUCAGUUGGCAGUUAUGUCCAAGACGUCUUUCUGACAGUUGGUUUGAGAUUUGGUUGCUAGUGCUUAUUAUCCAUAACAGAUGGGACAGAUGGCUAUGAUACUAGAAAGAGAAUUCUUCAUGCCAGUUUUGAAUUAAAAAAAAAAAAAUCGAAGAAACAACCUUAGCAGAGAAGAAAAAGCUUGGAAUGAAUGUUUUUUUCUAAAAGAAGUUUGCUAAUAGUUAUUUCUGGUCUCUACUUUUCCAGUUGAUUUUUGAAAUAUGCAUUUUUUAAUGAGGAACUCGGUGAUGACAGCUCAUUAGUAUUUUGUAGAUGUUAACUGUAUAGGUCUUUAAGAGGGUUAGGAUUUCAUCCCAAAUCCUUAGUAUAUGUAAUGUUUAAGGAAAAUGGGUUCAGACUACAAAAUCCAGAUACUUGAUCUGAGUUUACUCAGGAGUCAUUCUUACUCCUGAGUGCCAGCUGAUGGAAAUGAUUACUUUGAUGGAAAUGAUACUUUGAUCUGGAAGAUGCUCUCUUUUCUUUUCCUCCAUUUUCUCUCACAAAGAAUUAAAAACUGUUUCCAUCAUAAAAGUCUCUGUGGUGUUGCAUGCUCUGCACCAGGUUAGUCCUGCAUUCCAUGUUAGUACCAGCUCACUGUAUAAUACUGCAGUUGAAAAAGAUCCUUUGUGCUAAGCAUCACUUUAUGUGAUUUUAUUAGUGCAUGUGUUGGUAUCUGUAUAAGUUCUGAGAUGCUUUGAUAUGAAAAUGUUAAUUAUAAAUGAGUAGGAUUAGUUACAUUUUUAUUGGGGGUAUAUAAAUAUUACAUGAUGGUCAUUGGUAAAACAAAUGCAUUUGUACUAACGGAAAGGUUAAACAAUAGAUCCAUGCAGACGAGACAGGAUUUCUGUAUUGCCAAGAAGAGGCACUCAUUUAUUCCUCAGAGGUUUUAAGAAAUGCUACAAUGUUGUAGCAUGGAUUCUGAUAUUCUUAUAAAGGUCCUUUAAAAGACUUUAAGAGGAAAUAUACUUGUGCAAGUACAUUAAAUGAUAUCAGAGACUCUUUCUGAAGUAAGAUAGCAAUGUAAAUGUUAGAUUUUGCAAAUGGGGAUAAGCAGCAAAACAUUUUGGUGUGGUGUGUUAGACUAUGAUCUGGCAGACUCCUUGCCUUUAUGGCCUUUUUUUCUGUACAGUGUUUGAGUUUCAUAGUUUUUACCCAUUUGAAACAACUUCUCUGGAUGACAACUUGAUUUACAAAAUUUCUCUAUAGACUGAUUGUCAAUGGAUCGAUGUAAUCCUGAAUUCACUGCAACCUGAAUUAACACUCAUCUAUGUAGACAAUUGUUUGUUUUGGUUUAAACUAGUCAUUUGUUCCUGCGGGCAGGGCAAAGUAAGUUUGUAGCUCUGGGUCUCCUGAGCAUGCUCACAGUGUAGACUUGAAGUAGGUGUCAGGAAUUCAGGAGUCUGGUACUUGCUGGUGGUGUAAGCUGGCAGUUCUCCUAUUCAAGAAAAACAUAACAGAAAAGUAAGGAACAAAUGUUUACCCUAGGAUUUGUGUAACCACAGAAACUUUUAGGCAUUUCAUCCCUCCAAUUUCGCUUCUUUUGUAAGUGUUCUCAGGCUGUGCUGCCUCUCUUGUCCACGCUUCUGGAGCCUUGUUACCUUGCUGGUUGGUCAGUCCUGCUGUCUACGCAGAGCAGCUUCUUCCUCUCAAGUAUGGUUUCUAUCUCCUGCCUAUUACUACCUGGAAAAUCUUGUCCUACCUGCUUCCAUCAAUCUGAGGAAUAUUUAGUCAGAAAAACAUUUUAAGGAGGUGGAUCAUCAGUGAUCACCUGAUUGAGUGCUCUGUUAAUGGUUUUUCUAUGUUGAUUUUAUAUACAUGUCAUUUGCCUUCCCUGUUUGCACUUCCUGGAAUGCAAUUUAAGACAUAAUGAAAGGAGUUUUAUAAUUGAUGAACAUGUGUAUUUUUCUGCCAGCUUGUUUGUAAGUCAUGUCAUUGCUGUGAUUCACUGAAUAUCUUGACUUGCAUACAAUGGAUUAAAGGCAAACAGCUAAACCAGUUACUGCCUUCAAGAAUGUGGCCUACCACCUACCAGAAGAUUGCUGGUUUUGCAGCAGGGGUGGGUAACCCCUGCGUGAAACAACUCACGUACUGCCAUAGUUUACAGCUUUCAGUUGCUGUGCUAAAGUAAACUGGUACAGAUGUUCAUAUUAGCUUAGUGUGUUGGACUGGCGGUUCAGGCACUCCUUUGUGUAUGGUUCAGCCUUACCUGCUUCAGGGGAAAACAGCCUUCAGAAGAAGGGAGGGAUAGCAGGGGCCAGUAACAAAUUCCUCCAUCUAUAUAUGUCUGUAUUUGUAAGUCAACACCUGAAGCCUCCCAUGACAUGGAAUUUCAUGCUGUUUCUAAGGAGGAAAUCAACAAUACAUUUGUGCUAGGCUCUGGAUCCUUUGGAACUCUGUCCAGUAGGAAUUUCUCUGUGCCUGAUAAGUGUGUUACCUACUAUUGGUAUUUAUCUAGAUUUGAAACUACAGAAUUCCAAGCUUUAAGCACCUAAACAUGUUCAUUUUAGAAUACAACUAAAUCACAAGGAUUUUCAUUGAUUCAUUUUAAUACACCUCAACCAGUUAGAUGUAUGCAGGGUACUUUACAUUCCAUCAGACUUCAGUGCUCUCCAAAAUCCAUCUUGGACAAAUGCUUAUUAGAUGCUUUCUGAAUACUUUAAAAAGGAAAAUCCAAUUCCAGAAUCCUGAUAGCAUCAGCAAAUACCCUACUCCUUCCCUGUCUCUGUUACAAUAAGGAGAAUCCAGCUUUUGGGUAACUAUACUGAACGCAGUAGUGGUAGUACAGUACAAGAGGAUCCGAUAGUCUCUCUCAUAUCAUGUGAGGCUUCAUCAGCUGGAACCUUCAGUUCUCUCCAGAGACCAAUGAGUAAAUUAGGCAGACCUUGUAAAACAAAAGUGUAUAUGCUCUCAGAUAUAUGGGCUGCUUCUGUCAUCAUGGGCAAAUUCAACGUGAUACUGAGGCUCUUUAUUUCCUAGUUAAUUCUCUCUUGAGUAAGACCCUGAUUUCUGAGGCAGACUCUUGGGGGGGAGGUUCUUUUUCCUUCCCUAUUUGGAAAGUUCUUCAUCUUAUAUUAGGAUUUUUGUAUUAAUAAUAACAAUAGAGCAAAACAGAACUUUGUAAAUGAAACUUCUAAGAAGUUACACAAUUAUGAUAAAAUUUAAGAGAUAUCUAACUGACAUAUUGCAAAACAGAUCUUAUAGAUCCAGAACUGUCCUGUGGGGCUAAACAUCUGAUUGCAGAAUGAAAAGAACUGUUGAAUUGCAAUGUAAGGCCUUCCUUGCAACAGAGGCCUUAAUGACAAGAGGCAGAGACUGCUCUGGCUGUAUUCUUGGAUAGGCUUUUGUCAAAUGUUGCAAACCUGUUGUUCUGCAUGAUAUAAGAUAGCCCAUAUGGGCAAUUUCAGGUAGAGUUCAGGUAAGAUGAUACAUGUCUUUUUCACAACACAAGCCAAAUUGACUUGGCUUUGUUGUGUGAAAGUGAUUCUUAAUUAUUGAGUUAAACUAUUGAAUCUUGUGCUAAAUGUUUACAAGAAGCAAGUUCACAGUAAAUUAUUCUUACAUGCUCAUAACUUAAACUAAUCAGAAUUUGCCUCCAGAAAGGAAAGCUGAUUGACUUUAGUGCACCAGUUCCAAACACGAGCUGUGUUUCUCUUCCAUUCACCACAUAAUCCCAAAUUGCCAUGAGCAGAUUUAUAUUAAAGUCUAGUCUGUUACUGAUGGAGAAUACUACACAGAACAUGCUUUUUAACACUUCGUUUGGUUUAGUCAUAUGACAAUAUAUUGAAGUAUAGUUUCCAGAGGAAAAAAGUUCCUCAGAUGUAUUCCAGGCUGAUAUGAGAGACUCUAAAAGUUCUUGAUGGAUGUGAGGGAAAGGACUGUGUACUGCAUUUCACUUCAUCUGCAAUGUCAUGAGCAAAUCAAGUGAACAUAAUUUUUUUGCAUGUCUUCUGUAAUUGUAUCUUACUGCUUAUAUUGGACCUCUGGUUAAUCUAAUACUGUGUCAGGUUCCUAAUCCAUUUUGUGCUGUGUUUAAAGAAACAGUUUCUGUGUUUCUAACUUUUGGUAAGGAAAAUUCUUGAAAACAUACAAAUACUGAAAUCUUACUUUAUGAGGGGGGAAAAAAGUGCUUUUGUGUUUAGAGUCAGUGCAAAGGGUAUAUAGCCAGCCUGUGUUUUAGGGUGGUCCUUAGAGUCAUGAAGAAAAGAAAACACCUUUAUCCCAGGCAUGGAGCAACAGUGAUGAGCAGAUGGAGUCUGAAGUCUCCCUGCUUAGCACUACAUCGGGAAGAAAUGGUCAGUAAGUUUAGGCUACAGAGUCGGUGCUUGGAAUCAUUCGUCUUCCUCUCCUCUUCCAUCCAUCCUAAGGUGCCUCUCAUGCCCUCUGAAUUCCUCUGCUGUUUUUAUGGGCACGAUAAUAAACCAUAUAAGCAGUAAUGAUGGUCUGUACUUCUGUCUUCCAGUGCAAUGACAGUUGAAAACCCUUUGCAUUUGGAAGGAAUCAUAUUAGAAUUUUUUUCUCAAUAAUGUUUUUUUAAAACCUGCAUACGAGUCCCUUGAGUAUUUUUUAGUUUUCUCUGUGAUUUCUAUACGUAAGAAGCCAAGCUGUUGUCCCUAUUCUUUAUAUAGAAAGAAGCCUUCAUUCAGUACAAGUUAAUGCAGCAUUUUUGUUGAGGAUGGAUUAGUAUUUCUUCCCUUCCAAUAUUGAAUACUGCUACCUUUUCUAACAAGACCUGAGAGCUGAUAAAGGGCACAUCCAAAACUGCUACUGGAAGUCUGCUUUGUUGCCGUCUAGUUUCUCCCUACAGUUUCUCCCUGACUUGACAAUGCAGUCUCACAGUUAAAUAACUGCCCAUUUAACCUGUAAAUCAACCUGUGUAGCAUGCAGAGCAACCACAAAUGCAAAGUAAAUGAGAACAACCUAUUUUGAAAAGCAUUUUAUAUGACACGUUCCAAGGCAAUACUUUGUAGUAUUUAUGAGCAGUUGUUUCCUUCCAAGAGGAAAUGGUGAAAUAUGGAGAAUCAUAACAUAGGAUAAAUACACAAAGACGCAGGAAAAAGGAAAGAAUAGAAUGAGGAUGUGUAUGUAUGUUAAUAAAGACUGAGGGAUUUAAGAAGAAUCUGAUCUCUCAGCUUUGCAGCUGGCUGUCUGAAGAACGUAGAAAAAAGCUUUGAUUUUUCAGACUUCUUUUUUUAAGAAAGAUUUAAACAGACUUUCUGCAACCAGAAAAACAUGUUUAAAAUAUGAGAUAGGCUUGUUUUUAGAAACAAUGUAUCUGAUUGUAUUAAAAAGAAAAAGCCAUUAACAUGGCUGGACAUGAGAAAAGUAAAAAAGCAUAAUUUAAUCUCUUUAAGCACCAUAUAUCCAUAACUUUAUUCUGUUAUUAUGCAGAAAAAAAUCAUACUUCUCUUUAUACAAAGGAUAAGCUAUUGAAAUGCAUAUUGAUGAGCACUUAAUGUUCUUUAGCUAAACAGAAAAUCAGAGGGAGCUCACUGCCCAGAGCAUCUUAACUUAGUUCUAGCAUACAAUUGUUCUUUCACAGUAUUAGCUGUAGAAAAUGUGCCAUUUGUGUAAUAAGAGGAACAAAAAUCUGCAUCCUCUUUUGCCUUCUGCCGGGGACUUAAAGCACAACACUGCAUAAGUUUCUCAGCCGCUGUGUCUCACUUUUCUAACUUAGUAAGGAAUGUGAAGAAUGCUGUGCUAAUAUAAAGUUGUAUUUAACGUUGGAUUUGGAGGAUACAUACUUUUGGUUUUAGAUUACAUCUCUUGUUGCAUUAAUAUUGCAUUGUAAUGCUGUUUUAAGGACUGCUUCACUCUUUAGAAAUAUUCGAUAUAUGCUGAUGUUUAUCAUUAGAUUAAAUUUAUAUAACGAAUAAAUAUUCUGUGUCCUGUCCCAGAUUCAGAUCUCAUGAUUUCUGGUUUUUGAAGCACUGAUAACAUGAAUAAAUUGGACUAAUGCACUGAA